UUCGUUCGAGCAAGGCCCCACGCAAUCCAGCGUAUCUCGCCUCCUCUCGCAGCGUCAAGAAAGAGUGUGUAUAUAAUAUAGACUCGCCGCGCGGUGGCGUUCCCCUUUCUCGGCGUCUUGCGAGAGUCCCUUUCCCCCCACUUCGCGAGCGGAUCGGGCCCCUGGAGAUCCUCUCUCUCUCUCUGUCCCUCGGUCCCCACCCACGGCAGCUCGGCUGCGUUCGGCUUGACUCGGGCCGCGCGCGACUGUGUCAGAGCCGCGGACUCGGAACAGUUACUGACGGCCCGUGCUCCCAAGCAUCUCUCAGCCGAGCGAGCGCUACGCGGCUCCGCGGCCUUUCUCGCCGACACACACACACACACAUAUAAAUAUAUCUAAGAGCGUGUCAACGUACAUACCGGUCUGUGUAUAUGUAUACGUGUUUUUCUGCCGAGGCGUGCGCUCAACUCCUGUACAUAGACAUAGCGCGCUGCGCGCGACUUCGAGCUUCCUCGUUUCUUCCAUUUUUAGCUCGAAUUUCACCUCCCUCAUCUUUUCUUCUUCUACUUCUUCUUCUUCUGUUUCUUCUCUGUACGCGGUUGUUGUGUUCGUCAUAGCAAGUGCUUCGUCUCGCGAGUGCAAGUGUUCCAUAUUUUCGGAUUCUCACGUCGGAUCUACUACUCGAAACGAAGACAGUAGCUGUCUACACGCAUAAGCAGAACAGUGGAAGAUUCUGACGUCUGACAUCAGGAUCGAGUCAGAAACAGUGCUGGGAGGAAUGCGCCAGCCCGGAGAAGCCGACCAGCGUCAGUCCAGGAGGCUCGCAGCCGAUUAAAGCAUCCCCCGACGACACCGCAACGAUUCGUCGAUCUACACUCGAAAACACGGCGUAAGAAGAAGAAGAAGAAGAAGAAGAAGCAGCAGCAGAAGCAGAAUCCCGCUGCGGCGCCGCGGUAGAUCGAAUGAUACCAGAUGGACGCGCUGGUCACGAUGAGUGCGCCGCCGGCUGCACUGUCAGCCCAUCAGGCCCCGCUGCAGCAGCCGGCCGCGGCAUCGGCCACGAUCUCGGUCCGGUCCCCCACCAGCGCCGGCAGCGGCGGCGGCUGCAGCAGCGGUAGUACCGCCGCGGCGACAGGAGCAGCUUGGGCCGCCUCUCCCCACAAGGAGACGGCGACCGGAGCAACGGUAUUCGUCGCCAGCGUAACCGAUGUGGCCGGCUCUCGCGCCAGAAUCCCGGAAGUGCAGCCAGCGAGCGGCCGCGACUCGCGGCAGCCGGCCCACGUAGUCAAGAUCCAGAUCAACCCGAGCUGCGACAGCAGCCGGCUCAUAUCCACCGUCAGGCUGAACCUCGAGGAGCCGCUCGGCAGCAGUAGCGGCUGCAGUUUUCCCGUCGUCAGCAACGGCAACGGUAGUGCCGGCGUCGUCGUCCUCGGGUCCGAGGGCCAGGACAAGAGCGUCACCUGCAUCCGCGUAAAGAGCUGCGAGUACGCGGGCAGCGAGUCCUCCUCCUCAGAGGAGCUGCAGAGCCACUCGUCGGAGGAGGUCGGCAUCGGCAGCAAGAACGACAUGGUGCAGCAGCGCUGCGUGCCCGAGUCGCGCGCCGCUAGCUCCUGCUUCUAUUACAGCAGCCCGCUGAGCACGAUGCUCAUGUCGAGCGGCCAGUGCUCGCCCUCGGAGACCCUCGACAGCGGGACCUGCAGCGACCUCGACGGCACGCCGCCCCCGCUGCCCAAGAAGAAGGGCUCGAGCACUGUCGUGCUGGGCGCGGGCUCGGCGCCGAGCCACCAGCGGCACGACAGGACGGGCAGCCUCACGAGCAGCGGCGCCGAGCUGGACAGCGAUGACAACGAGUCCAGCAUCAGCUGCGACUCGCUCAACAGCGGCGAGCUGCCGAGCCUCAACCAAGCCGCCGCCGCCGCCAGCUUCCGCGUCUCUAGGAGCCUCGAGCUCCGGAGCGGUGGCGGCAAGCAGGAGAGCCUCUCGCCGCCGGCCUCGGGCACCUCCACCCUCUCCAAGGCCUCGUCGACGACGCCGCGCAUCCGCAGCCCGGACACGGGCCGCUCGUCCGCCUGCUCCUCGCCUAUCGUCAGCGAGUGCACCUACGAGGAGCGCAGACGCGAGGAGUUCACCGCACCGGACCCGGAGGCGGCGAGCACCAUGACGAAGGUGUACGCAUACGAGGACGACCGCUUCUACAAGUUCCACGUGAACGAGAGGGACGAGAUGGCCAAGAGCGAGAACAGCGCCGAGGACAAGGGGAGGAGCGCGGAGAACGACGACGAGUGCUUCGCCGGCUACAAGAUCCUCGAGAGGGAAGCCAUACGCAGUGCCAAAGGGACCGUGCGCGGAGUCAAGAAUCGCGUGCGCGCCGGCAUAGCCACCUUCCUCCAGAAGCCCUCCAGCAAGAAUUACAAAGCGAAAGAUGCCGGCAAGGUGGUUGUCUACACGACGACGAUGGGCAUCGUGAGGGAGACAUACUACCGUUGCGUGCUGGUCAAGCAGAUCCUCAGGACACACAUGGUCAAGUACGAGGAACGCGAUAUGUACAUGUCCACCGAGUCACAGACCGAACUUAGAGACCGCAUUGGUUGCGCAGCCAUAGAAGUGCCACAGCUCUUUAUAGACGGACAGUAUAUUGGGGACGCCCAUACGGUCGAGCGGCUGAACGAGUCCGGCGAGCUGCGUCAAAUGCUGAAACCUUACAAGAGUCUGGACGCGUGCAGCACCUGUCAGAUGUGCGGAGGCUAUCGUCUGUUGCCCUGUCCCGUCUGCAACGGCAGCAAGAAAUCGGAGCAUCGGAACGAAUUCACCGCCGAGUUCAUCGCUCUCAAGUGCAUGAACUGCGAUGAGGUGGGCCUCGUACGCUGCCCGAACUGCUAAGCCCGACUCGGAACAAAAAUACACUCCAGCAGCUCGUUGAUCAUCGCAAGACGAACCGAGAUGCAGCGCGCAAUGAGAGACAGAGAGCGAGAGAGACGAAGAGAUAAUAGAAAGAUAGAGAGAAAGCGAGAUUCUCGUGACGCUUCGCGGACGAGUGAAUAUUCGACGACGUUGCCGCGACGACGAUCCGCGCUUUUGUUUUCCCCUUUCACUCUCUUUCUCUCCCUCUUUCCCCUCUUAAUUUUCCUUCCCUCUCCUCCCCUCUUCCAGUUUCCCCCUCCGCACACUUUUGUAUAAUUUAAUUCGAUAGAGCGGCCAAGUGCAUCGGACUAUCGCCCGGUGAGCCAAUAGUUCAAUCAUCGACUUUCGAUAUGGAGCUUGUUGUUGUCGGCUCUUCGUUGAUCGCGAUUGUAAUUACGGUGUAUAUUAUACCUACACAUACAUAUAGGCUUUCGCACGUAGAAACUGCUGGCCUUCCGCACGCGUGACCUCCGUGCUCGCAGGCUGCGCAAAUCAAGCUGCGCCGCUAUUGCAGAUCAUUAUUGUUGAUAUCCUCGGUGGCUUUGUUAUUUUGUUGUACCGGGCGCUUACAACAACGACAUACACAUCACACACGAGUGCAGUCGUUUCGCUGUACAUUUGCUUGCAAUAUUAUAAUGUUAUAUAUACAUACGAUCUAGACUGCAUGUAUUUCGUUGAUGAUCCGUUCUGCGGAGCCUGAAAUUCACGGCAAUGACACUGUUGUUGUUUAUUAUUAUUUUUUUUUUUUUAUUCAAUUUUUUCCAUGAAUUAACCGAUGUGUACAUAAUUGUAGACCUUGUGACAUUGUUGGAGAAGCACUUAUUUAUUGCGAAUCGGUUGGAAAAUUUUGUUUGUUACGCGAUGAGGAGUCGAGGAUAUUGUAUCUGUUGAUAUUGAUCAUCGGCGAUGUGGAUGAGUAUAUUGUAAACUUUGGACAAUUUUUGAAUGACGUUAUUAAGAACGUAGAAUAGUGUUUUGUUAAAUUGAAGCCAGGACGACGAAUAAUACUAACGAUGGAGUUUAAAUUUGUAUAGUAACUCGUUCAUCAUUAUUAUCAUGUAUCACAGCAAUGUUGACAAAAUCUGGCGAAUCAGUGUAAAUGUAUAACGCAUAAUUGAAUUGUCGACUGAUGUCUCUGUCUUUUGUAAUCUUCUCUCGUAAACUGUUACUAAAGCAAUACACCUUGCUAAAAAUACCCCCUAACUUGCCUGUAAAGUAUACGAGCCACCGCUCGAACUUUACAUUCUCUCGAAACCCAAACUACUUUAAUGAUUGAAGGUGUUACACGAGGAAGUUUCCGAUUUUCUUUUGUGCAUAAACUUCUUAAUUUAGUAGUUGUAGUAUCGAACAAGUUUUCUAUAAAUAAAAUCCACGUGUUGUUUACAUCUUGCACUUUAAACUGCGUUCGUUGAAGUACUUCAAUAUACUAAAAAUAAACUUGUGAAUACCUGCAACAGACAGUAGUAGAAGAGUUAAGGUGCUAUUUAGAGUAGUGAAAUGGGUUUUCCAGACAUGCGUUGCUGUCGCGGAAGGAGAGGAUCCAGCUAAAAAAAAGAAAACGAAAAUCACUUUCUUUAUACUGUGUACUUUUUCAAAUGAAGCGGUAGAGUUGGCGUCGAUUUUCGCGAUGAGCGGCAAUGGCGCAUAAUAUACAAUCGAGAUGCGCUUCGAGAGAAACAUGUUUUUGUGUAUAUGUAUGAAUUAAACUGAUGACACAUGCAAUAAUCGUGUAAUAACACGACGAAUCGUCCAUCGAAGUGAGUGUGUGUGUGUGUGUGGAUGUUGUUCUGCCGGGUCCGUUCGUAUCCCCGAGCUCUGCGAGAAAAAUCAUGUUGUACAAUAUUAUUGAUAAAAUAAAGAUGUCUAAUAUUUCCUAA